AUGGUCUUGGGUAGAUAAUUUUUCUCCACCAAUAUCUAUAAAAUAAAAUAGUAUAUAAAAAUAAGGUCAUUGUAAUGAACAAUUCUCAUUUAAAUAUUUAUCUAUUUAUUUCAAAAAAUUAAUUUAUUAGAUUUUUAAUAUCGAAAUUAGAAAUAUAUUCCAGUUUGAACUUACUCGUAGCAAUUUCAUUAGCUUUUCCUUCUUCGGUGCUUAUUAUUAAUAUUCGUGGUAAAUUCAUUUUGUAGUAGAAUUUUAUGGAAAUUAAUGAUAAUCUGGAAAUGUUUGACAAUUUGGAGAUAUAAUAAAUUUAAAAGAUAGUAGUUAAUUGUUGACGUUUAGGUUAGAACUAUGAUCUUCGUAUUAGUUGACAUAAAAAUAAUAUAAUAUUAAAUAAAUAAAAUAAACCACUUUUAUUCAGUAUAUAGCGAUAUAUUUUUUUCAAUGUAUUUCUAAUGAACUAAUUGAAAUAUUUUAAACAUUAAUGUAAGUCCAUGUCAUAUUUUAUGAUGGACGAUCACAAUGACGUUUGUUAUUUCGUUUUCAAAAAAAAAUUGGAAUAAUUUUGACUCAUUUUAUACAUUUUAAUAUUUCAAUGAAUUUUAAUAAAACGAAAUAUAAUUAUUUGAUUUGAUAAAUUAUAUAAAUUUAAAAAAUCAAUUAAUAUCGAAAUGAUUUAUUUUAUGAUUUUAAAUAAAUCAAUUAUACGGGAUAAAUUUUCUUAGAAUACUAUUCUCAAAUAUCUGUAAUCAUUGAUAAUUCGUAAACUGAAUGUAAUUAAUAAUAUGUGCAAUUAAUAAAACAAAAGUUGUAUAAACGUAUAUUGAUUAUUAGAUUUAUAGUAAUACAUAAAUCUUCAAAUACAUAUAUAAUCAUAGGGUGUAAGUGGCGCAUAGUAAUACAUUUUGUCCCUAAUUACUUAUAGAAUUCGUGUUCAGAUUCAUCUUUUUUAAUAUUAUUCUUGUAACCUUUCUCGAAAUCUUUUGCUAGGACUAUAUAUCGAUUUUCACGAACAGCAUGCAUUCCUGCUUCUUGGCAAAUUGCGUUAAUAUCUGCACCAGAAAUUCUAUCCGGUCGUGCCACGUAGUCUUCAAGAUCCACUUCUUCGCUUAAAUUCAUUUUCGCAGUAAUUGUCGAAAAAAUCAAACGUUUCUGACGGCGAUCGGGUAAAGGAAAUUCUAUUUUUCGAUCUAAUCUGCCAGGACGUAAUAAUGCAGGAUCUAAUGUAUCAGCCCUAAAAAGAAAAUAUGUCAUUGUAUUUAUGCGAAUUAUUUCUUAUAACAAUAAUAACAAAGAUCAAAAUCAUACCUAUUUGUAGCCAUUAUAACUUUAACGUUAGUAGUUUGAUCAAAACCAUCCAUUUGAUUAAGUAAUUCCAAAAGAAUACGUUGAACUUCGCGAUCAGCACCAGUCUGAGCGUCGAACCUUUUUGUAGCUAUAGCAUCGAUUUCGUCAACGAAAAUUAUGGCUGGCGAAUUUUCUUUAGCUAAACGGAAGACAUCUCUGACCAUUCUUGGCCCUUCACCUAGAUAUUUCUGUACAAAUUCUGACCCUACUACGCGAAUAAAUGCAGCUAAAAAAUAUUAAAUGUACUAAGUUAGAAGAAGUUGAGUAUACCGUUUACUCAGGUUUAUAUAUUCUUAUAUAUUCUUAAAAUAUAUAAUAUUGAAAAUGAUUCAUACCAGUAGUAUGUCUAGCUACAGCUUUUGCAAGCAUAGUUUUACCACAACCAGGAGGACCAUACAUUAACACACCUCUCGGUGGGUCAAUUCCAAUUUGUUUAUAUAAUUCAAAAUGAGUUAAAGGUAGUUCUACUGCUUCUCUAAUUUCUUGCUUUUGCAUGUCCAUACCUCCAAUGUCGCUAUAUUGAAUAUCAGGUCUUUCAUCUGUAGGAUAAAAUAUAUGUGAAAUAAUAAUUUUUUUUUAAUCUUCUAGAUUGACAAUAAUAAUAAAUAAGCACCUGCUUGUAACAUUGAAAUACUUGAAUCAGCUUCUGGUGGUAGUACAUCUACUAAAGCAUUACUAUGUUUAUGAAGAGCUACACUAGCAGAAGGCUUUAACAGUUCUCUGUCAAUUGUAGAUAAGAUACGGACAUAAUAAUUAGAGCCAGUAGUUGAACCUACAAUACCAGUAUUUUGAUCUACAGCUUCUAAAAAUUGCCCAAUAACCAAAGGCACACUUUGUAUGCGCUUUACUUCUUCUUGAGCAUGUAAAUAUUCUUUUUUCAAAUUACGUUGCUCAUCUUUAAUGUAUUCUUCUUGAACUUCAAGAAAUUCUAACAUUCUUUGUAGUUUCUACAAGUACAAAAUUCUUAUAUAGGGAGAAUGUAAAAAAAACAUAAAAUUUUUUUACCUUAUACUUUGUAUAAAGAUCUUCAACAUCCAAUUCAUCGCCAGCACCAGUAUAAUGUCCAAUUACAGGUUUACAAUCUAUUUCUCCAAUAUCCUAAAAUUUAAUUAAAAAAUUUAAUUAAAAAAUAUUAAUUAAAAAAUUUAGUCAUGUUAUGAUAGAACUGUUAAGAAUUUUUGUAUAUAAGCAGUAAUAUAUAAAAAUGAAACAGAAUAAAAAUUGAGGUUAUAGUGAAUAAUUUUUAAUUCAAUCAUGACUUUUGAAAUUAUUUUUGAAAUUCUGAAAGAAAAUAUGAACAAAAAUAUAUAUACCUUAUCAGGUAGGAUAAUACCCAUUUCAUCCAUUAUUUUAAAUAAAGCUUCUUUGAUUAAGUCCAACCAAACAUACGAAUCAACGAAUGACUUGAGAUUCUUGAACAGUUCACUUCAGUGAUUACACAUACAUAGUCAGAAGUGACUACCAUUAAGUAUUGAAUCGACUAAAGAAAGAAACUCAACAAAAAAGAUACUACUUCAAGAUACAGAACUUUAUUUCUACAUAUAGAUAAUUAAACAUUCGUUAAAAAUUUUAUUUCAAAAUGUAUAUAUUAAUUUACUUUUAAUAGAUAUAUAUACAUAUAUAUAGACAUUUGUUAAUUGCGACGUUUAAAAAUUAAAGUUUUAGUGAUCCCUAAAAUAACGAAUAAAUUCCCUAUAGAUUUGUGAUUUUUAUAUUUUUGAAAUAUUCCUAUAUAUUUCUUUAGAUAAUCUAACUGUUACUUUUUUAUGAUUUCAGACUAUAUGUUUAUAAGAUUCCUCGUCCGGGAAACCUUCACAGUUUAUAUUGUAUGGGUAAGAAAUUUUAUCCUUAUGAAGUGUAUAUAUAUUGUUACAGUAAUUAUUCUAUCUUCAACAAAUAUACCGAAAUUUGGUUAAGGUUCAGAUUUAUAUACCUAUUUAAAAUGAAUUUACAGAUACUUAGUGACAGAAAAGAAACAGAAGAUACGUAGUUCUCCAACAUUAAUUAAUAUAAAUCUUGAAAUAACAAUGGUGAUGGAAGAACAACAGUCGGAUAUGGAGCUAGAUUCGGAAAGAGUUCCUGUACCACAAGUGCAAAAAGUAGAGGAUUCACAUAUGGAAACAGUUAAUAAAACAAGCAUUUCUAGAGGAAAACCCAGACUUAGAAAAAAGGCAUUACAUGCUACUAUACUCAAACAAAUGGAAUUUUACUUUGGUGAUGCGAAUCUAAAUGUAGAUCUCAAUGUUUUUCUAAGAUUUAAUAAAAUAAAAGAAUUGACUACAGAUAUAAACAGGAUAGCUAAAGCUGUGCAAGUAUCUACAAUGUUAUCUUUAUCUGAAGAUGGAAUGAAAAUUCGACGUGUAACACCAAUAAUGAUAAAAGAAAACACUGAUGAAUGUACAGUUUACGUACAAAAUCUACCUCCAGAUGCAGACCAUGAAACAUUAAGAUCAGUAUUUUCUCAAUAUGGACAAGUUGUAUAUGUUUCUAUUCCGCGAUUUAAAAUUAAUAGAAAGAUAAAGGGAUUUGCAUUUGUAGAGUUUGAUACAGUUGAGAGUGCUAAGAAAUGUUUGAAGGCAUUUGAAAAAAAAGGUUGUGUUUUACCAUCAUACACAGCUCCUAAUAAACUACUAAGCAUUACCACAUUUGAUGAUACAGAAAAGAUCAUGUUGUCAGAAAAUGAAACAAAUGAAAUCAUUGUUUGUACUGAAAAUACUGUUGAUAAUGAAAAAUUAGGAGACACUGAAAUGAAUACAAGUAAUGAAGAGCAAGUACAUACAAAUAUUAGUACUACUUCAGAAAAUCAUGAAAAUAAUAAUAAAAAGAAAGCAAAGAAGAGAAAACACCUAGAUACAGAAACUACAGAACUAACUGAAACAAAAGAAAAAUCGAUUAAUGAAUUGAUAAAAAGUAAAAAGAAAAAAGCAAAAAGUUCAAAUGAUGUACACAGUGAGGCAGUAGAAUCAAGUAAUGAGAAACAAAGUGAUGCUUCUUUUGAAGGUACAUCAAAAAAAUUAAAGUAUGAAAAAAAUGUAUCUAUGAAAAAUGAACAAGUAUCAGAUAAUUAUGAUAAAAAUGAACAAAUGAAAACUGAUGAUAUUACUCUAACUAAUGAAGAACAAGAAAAUACAAGUGAAAAGAAAAAGAAAAGAAAGAAACGCAAAAAGCGAAGUAAACUGGAAGAUUUUAGUUAUAGCGUAGGAUUACAGGUGAUGGCCAAGAAAGAUUGGAAACAUCUUAGGAAUAAAUACUUAGAAUUACAGAGGAGUAAGAUGAAACAACUCAAACAACAUUUGAGAAAAACAAGAUGGAACCAAUGGUCAAAUUAUGAAAAAAAUAAAUCUGAAAGGGAAGAAAAUGAUGAAAAAGAUAAAAUGAGUGCCAUGACUGGAUGCCGUUUUUCGUUUACACCAGGCGUUAUAGUUAAAAUUGAAAUGAAUAAGCCAUGUACAGAUUCAAAAGCUUUAAAGAUGGAAUUAAAAAAUAAUAAUUCUAUAAAGUACACGGAUGUUGAAGAUGGUUCUUGUGUUGCUUAUGUAAGGUGUGAUACAGCUGAAGCUGCACAGAUAUUUGUACAAAAAUCUGAUGAGGAAAGACAUAUGAGAUUAUUAGAAGGUGAAGAAGAAAAGAUGUAUUGGGAUAAAAUCUUGCACGAUAGGGAACAAAAAUUGAGUAAAAAAGUAAAAACUAAACAAAGAGGGAGAAAUAAAUUAUUGAAAAAAGCAGAAAAAGAACUUGGGAAGCAUAUCAAAUUUGAUGAAUGCUGUCCUUUAAAACCACCACCUCCUUUUCCAAAACCACCACUUCGUCCAAAUGAUGGUCUACCGCCACCUCGACCACCAGGUCUUUUCAUUCCUCUGCCACCUCUGCCACCUCUACCGCCACCUCGACCAUCAGGUCUUUUCAUUCCUCUGCCACCUCUACCGCUACCUCCUUUCCUUUGUACUGAUCCAGGAGGUUUAGGCAAAAAUCUUUGUAAAGGUAACAAUUUAUUUGGAUCUAUAAAUAACUGUAAUAAAACAUAAAAGUAAUAAUGGAAUCUGUAAGUAAUUAUACUAUAUAUAUUAAAAAAAAAAAAAAAUACCUGUGUGUCUUUUUGAAAACUGGAUGCUUUUAUAUUUUCUGAUACUUUUAUAGACACAUAA